AAACUAUUGUCCUUCGGAUCUGCGAGGCAGCGCUCUCCAGAUGCCAGAAUUCAACUGCGAGUGUGGCAUUGUCCGCCUGUCGAACAGACAAGAGAGGAAUCAGUUCAAGUUGUGAAGUUUACAGCCGGACUGUCAACAAAGCAAAACUCCAAACUGGGCCAGAAUCCAGACAUUUUGCCGGGGCUCCCGGUUAACCACUGAUAAUAUCUUGUGGAGAGAAAAGCUUUGCAAGUAUUUAAGCUGAGAGAGCAGAUAGCGCGCUUUGGUGACCCCCACAGUGUCAAUCACAGGGCGGAGAGCUGCUGAGAGGCGAUCGAUGGCUUUUUAAACUCCGCGCCAGGGCGGCGGGGCCAAACGUAAUAUGAGCCAUUUCGAGGGUAUUUUUGUGGACUAUUUAACCGCGGCUUCUUGUUCAGGGGUGAUAGAUAUAUAAAAGCGAAAUUGGUUUGGAGGCGUUGAGAAUUAUCAAUAUAAAGGCGCAACUGCUCCCUCGAAUGGUACUGAUACCUAGACCAGCGCUUUCGAAACUCGAUCAACAGGAUAAAAGCAGGAUUGAAUUUCUCUGCAUCGACCCUCUCUGUAAUUUUAAGAACGAUAUUGAGCUUGGAUACCCACUUGGAAGUGAGUUUGACAGCUACCCAGCUAAAUAGCUGCUUUAGUCCGCUGCUUGUCCUCUGUAAUUCUCUCUCAUUAUUGCCUUUUGAUAUUUGAUAUCCCCCCACCAUUGAUAUACUUAUAUUGAGCUUUCAAUGGCCUUAUUUCCAUUCUCUAGUAUAUCAUAUUAAUCUCUUCGUUUCUGCAGCAGUCGUAAUUAUGGCAGCGAAUGCAUCAGCUCCCGUCCACUAUGCCGUGCUUCUCUUCCCAGGCUUCCAGGCCCUAGAUGCUUUCGGACCCCUAGACAUCCUCAACAUCGUAGCUCUAGAGCAAGAGAUACAACUAUCAAUCAUCGGGCCAACCAUGGACCCUGUUAGCACCAAGUCCCCAAUCCCAAACUUCUACACCACCACCUCAACCUCCCACCAAUCCGUGGUGCCAACACAUACCUACGAUGCUCCGCCAGAGAACAUCGACGUCAUGAUCGUCCCUGGAGGAUUUGGCACGAGGCACGAAACCAUCAAGCCCACCGUCCAAUUCCUGAUCGAGAGAUACCCGCGCAUUCGUUACCUGCUUACCGUCUGCACCGGGUCGUACGUGGCUGCACAGGCCGGCAUCCUUGAUGGCAAGAAGGCGACCACGAACAAAAUCAGGUUCGACCUUGUGGCGGCGAAGGCUCCGCAUGUAAACUGGGUGCGGCAGGCGCGGUGGGUUGUGGAUGGGAAUAUCUGGACAUCCUCUGGCGUCAGCGCUGGGAUGGACGAGAUGUUGGCGUUUGUGCAAGAGGUCUAUGGGAGGAAACUGGCGGUGAAGGUUGCAACCAUCUUAGAGUAUAAUUGGCAUGAGGAUUCGACAACGGAUCCUUUUGCCAACUCGCCCUUGGUUGAGAUGUAUGGCGCCGGAGCUGCGGAUUGGUAUGACUUCAGGGCAGCCACGGCAAUUGGAAAGGACAGAGCAAGCAGCCAAUAGUCCAGUAUGUUUGUGAUAUUGUGAAUCAACAAGCGUGUUAGUAUGAAGAAUAACAUGAAGAAUCCCAAGCACACCAAACAGUAAAGGAACAUAUUGUUAUUGAAGAGCUACCGAGAAGUAGCUGUAUUCAAAAUAUCCAAUGAGCACCCGCAACUACAACGGCCUUCCGAAAUUAUAUAGAAGGUAUAUAUGUAUGUAUGUAUGUAUGUAUGUAUAUGUGGACGGUGAUUAAAUCCUGCUCUCCGCCGCCAUCAGCCGCCUCCUAUUUCGCUCCACAAUCUCCAUCAACGCAUCAUACGCCCUCUGAUCCUCUCCCCUUAACAACAUCUCCCUAUUGAUAGGCGGAAUUUCCGCCACAAAUCCAUACUUGUCAUCAAUAUAACCAUAGCAAAAAGCCCUUCUUCCUCGUCUCCCCGCUGCGCCUCUACGUUCACCCACAACACACCUCCCCCCCCUCUCCUCCUCAUCUUCAUCCCCACCCAGUAGUAAUGCCUCACAACGGCCCGCCUCCCUCUCAGUCCCCUCAUUUCUCCGCCAACUCGCCUCUUUAAACUUCACCUUGGCAGGUUCCACGCAAAACUCCACAAGCCGCUCUGGCCCCGCCCUCGCCAGCGCUUCAAAUAACUUGCACCACGUAUUCCCAACAUCAUCAGAGAAACAUCUAAAAAACUUCACGUGUUCCAAGGACCGCGCAUGCCUGACAAAGAAAUCAAUUGUGCUGGGAGCAGUAAUAAAGCAAGUAUCCAGCACCAGCCUCUUCAGUGCCGGAAGUCGCUGCGUUAGAGGCAGAGAAAGGGGACAAUAAGCAGGACCGCUGUCUUCGCUGCCAAGCGGCCCGUCCCGGGCUGCAAUGUGCAGGGAUGUGGCGAUCGAUAGAUGGUUGAGGAAGUACGUGUCCAGUUUGGAGGUGAAAUCUUGAUACUGGAAGCAGGUGUUGAUGGCAUAGUGGCCGAUGUUGUCGGCGGUCAUUAGACUGAGUUUGAAGGAGUGGAGGGUGCUAAGGAAGUGGUGGAAGGUGGGGGAGAGAUAACUGGAGACGGGGUGCAUGGGGCUGUUUUUGAUUUCUAGGGAUUUGAGUAUUGGUGGCAUAGGAGGGGAUUGUAGUAGGCCUGCUUGCGGGGGGGAAGAAGCAGUGAUAUCAACAACAUUCUUGCUAACAGCGUUAUAGACGUCGCGCAUCAGUGCUCUCCAGGGAGACUGCUCCUCCCACUCGGCGGCACCGUUGUCAUCCUCCGUCUCACCGCCUAUGGUGUACUGUUCAAUGUACCAGUCACUGUCGUGGAAGCGCCAGUGGAUGAGGAGGUGAUUCAGAUUCGGAAAGCGGGAGAGGCUCGACAGGAUCUCCGCUGCGGAUGUUGGAAGUCGGCAUAACUCCGGUAUAUUGAUCUCAUUCUCAUCAUCCUUGUUGGAGUUGUUCUUCCGGCGACCAUUUGCGAAAUAUUCGUCCUCCAUUGCCAGUUUCAUGGCCCUCGUAUCAGUGAACCAGAGCUCUUUGGUAAACAAGAUGUAAUUCCUCGCGGCGUUGGUCAUGCAGCGCAGGAUUGAGGAUGCUGAUGUCUCAUUGUUCUGAAGAACGAGUUUCUCGAAUGUAUACGGGAGAAGAGCCGUAUAGUAGAAAUUGCAUGUCAAGCUGAGGUUGCGGAGAUCUCGCUCGAAUAUGCCUUGUUUCCCGAGAGAUUGAUUGCGAGUCUGAACAUCUAGCUCCUCGGGGGUUUUGUACGAUUGGAGGUGCCGGAAUAUUAGGAAUUGUAGCUCUGCGGAGAGGUUUAGGAGGGGACAUGCCAUUUUCUUGAUGAAUUUCUUGUCUUGGUUGAAUAGAAAACACGCAAACUCGUCCAUGCUCAUGCUUUCAAGAGAUCGUGAGGUUCAAGAUACAUAGCCGCCCCGGAUUAGCAUGGAGUAGAGCAAGUCCAUUCAAUCUCGUAUUACUCCCGCCUAAUCUCAACUCGCCCAGCAAGGGCAUCACAAUUACCACGCGAGGAGGAUGUACGAGUCAGCAAUCUCUCUGUGAGUCUCUGAGCUGAGUUUUAAGAGAUAUGAAAAGACGAUUUUUGAAGAAGUUGUAGAAAUUAUUUAAAAGCCAUAUUUACACUGGUAUAUGACCCUCAAUUUUCGUCAGGGCCACCCAAAAAUUUUAGUGGCAUUCUAACCAUCAUUCGGGAGGGGGGGCGCGUUCUCAAUUAUCCUCAUAAAUAGGAUAUAGCUUCUCGUUCUUAUUAUUUCCCCCGUACGUGCCUAUACUCAUUCUAUUAUUAUCAUCAAGAUGGAUCUCUUUGCUACUCUUGAACCCCCUAUUGCACCUCCAGAAGCCCCAGAAGCCCCAGAAGCUCUGGAACCCCCUGCUACACCCCCAAAGCGAUUAACCCGCGAUCAACAUCGAGAUAUCCUUCUCCUUCGCAGUCUUGACUGGACUUAUGAAAAUGAUGCACUUUGAGGAGUAGUUAGAGCUGCCUGGGAUGCUAUAACAGUGGAGAAGCUGUAGGAGCUUAUAGUAGAGAUGCUAGCUCGCUGUUAGGCAGUUAGUUAUACAAUAUGAUUUCUACGUAGUCUAUGCUAUAUACAAUGAUGAUGAGAACGCGCUCCAAGCGCGCCAACGCGAGAAUGCCACGUAGUUAUAAGUUAUCCCCCAGAAUGAUGGUUAGAAUGCCACUAAAAUAUUAGGGUGGCCCUGACGAAAAUUGAGGGUCAUAUACCAGCGUAGAGAUUGUAGAUUUAGCUGACGUGAGACUCGGAGUCCGUAAAUAUU